AAGUCGCUGUUUGGGACAGAGCUCUGUCCUGGCAAGCAGCAAUGGCGCCCAACUCCACCAUUAUCGCCGAAGAAGGGGUUCGCGUGCGUAAGCCGAACACCUCCCUGACUGGCGGGCUAUGGGUCAACGAUCGCAUAGGCAAGAAGCAGUUCAAAGUGCCGCGGCAGCAGAAGGAACCUACUCAAGCUGUCGCUCUUAGCAAGGCCCAGUUCGACAUGCUACAAGCUAUGUGGACGAAGAGUCAGGGGGGCAAGCAAGUUCGUGUCGGUGAUGACGAGGGGGCCGAGCAAGCCGAAGAGGAGGAGGGCGACAACAUCUUGAACCAGACGCUCCCCACGGCAUCUGCGAAUCUGGCAGGCUCUUCACGGCGGAAGAAGGGCGCUGGGUCAUCGAGGAAGAAGGUGGGCAGCCAGCGGGCAGCGGAAGCAGAUCCCGACGAGUCGGCCGAAGAUGAAGGGGCCUCUGUCCGCACGGCUUCACUGCUGGGCCUUGGAGGAGGCCGCCACGGUGGUGCGGAGCAGGCAGCGGCCGCCGAGGAUAUGCUUAACCACGAGUGGGGCGUUGGGAGCAACAGCGUUCUGGCUGAAGCUGUGUCCGCGAUGCAAGCGCAGCUGGGUGAAGUUAUGAAGGCAGUGAGCCUGUUGAGCCAGCUGCCGCAGCUGGUCACCCAAAUCGGGGACUUGUCGAAGAUGCUGACUGAGGUGAAGAGUGUGGCAGCAGAGAUUCGAGCGGCCCAGGCAUUGGUACGCCCUCCACCGGCCACCCCCAUUGGUCAGGGGUACGCGGAAGGCAUUCCCGGCUCAGUGGAUGACGUGCUGGCCGACGACUGGAACGCAGGCCUUGCGGCAAUAGCAAAGACCAUCCCGAAAUCUAGCGAGCUCUCGGGGAAGCUGGUCGGGGUUUUCAUACAAAGCGUCAGCGUGCCGAUCGACGGCAACCCGAAUUCCCUCUCCAUGUGGCCGGAUAAUGAAACGGUGGCGGCCAACGCUGUGGUACGGCAGGCGAUCCCCCCCAGCAAGGAGCCGCGCUUGGCGUACCUGCUGAAGUUCUCGAAGGCCCACCUGAAGACAUGGUCAAGGGUGGCGAACCGGAUGCGGGCAGCGAUCAUACGGUGGGGGAAGACGGUGCUGUUUGCCAUUCUCAACAUCCGGCGGUCGGUCAAGGACAUGCCCAAGGGGCUGAAUUGGAAGGUGGUUCGACCUGGGGGCAGGAGACGCUCUCUAGCCAAGGCAUAUGCCCUUGUCAAGCCAGGCCGCUUCUGCCUGGUGUGGCACUGUGAUGGCAAGGGCAUGCCAUUUGCAACGUGGCAGUUUGAGAUCUUCCUCGCUGCCGCCUUGUGGAAGUUCGUCACCGGGCAGGAGCUGCGUGUGUAUCCCUACCUUCUCGCCUACGCCCUGUACGGGGCGGAGUACCCCUUGAUGGCGCACAGGGAGAACGUCCGUGGGCUGCCCACGACCGACCAGCCCAACAAGAACAACGCUGACCGCCAGCACGCCAUCGUCAAGAACUGGCUGCGCGAGUCCAUCAUCCAGUGGCACGGGCAGAAAGGCGGGCCUGUGUGGGUAGAGGAGGAGCAAGCCUACCAGUUCAGUGCUGGAAGCCACUUCGUCAUCUACAUCAUCUUCCCCCCCCCUGCAGAGGUGGCUGCAAUGGUGGAGAUUCCGGUCGGCCCGGUGGAAUAUCCCAAGUGUUCCAAGAAGCGCCGCACUGCCACAGGCGUGGCAGAGCACAAUGAUGCGGAGGAGGGGUGGGAAGAGGCAGAGGAUGUUGAUGGGGAUUCUGAGGAUGAUGAAGAGGAGGAUGAGGAAGAUGAAGGCGAUGAGGGGGAUUUUUAGCUUUACACUGUUUAUGCUUUUGUUUUUUUAUUCGGUGGCGUGUGCUCCACCGUGAUUGCGUGGCAAACCUGUAGGUGAUCUCCUCUGUUGUU